AUGGCGGAGCGGCGCGACGACGUAAUGGAGUCGCUCUUCGGGGCCGACUCGGACGGCUCGGGCGACGAAAAGGGCAGCCCUGCGCGCUCUGGCGACGAUCGCCCACGUCGCAGCUUGAGUCGCUCGGGCAGCGACGCGAGUGCGAAGGAUGAGGUGGGCGAUGAACUGGUAAAGGCUCUCUCUCCCUUUCCUCACAACCAAUCUCUCCUCCCUUCUCCCUCCUUCCUGAAUCCCCCACUUCUCUUCCUGAUUUUUCCCUCCCUUCGUUCCUCUCAUCUUCCCACCCUGCUUUCCUCCUUUCUUGCCUCCCUGCGUCCCACCUUCCGUCCUAUCGUUCGUCCCAUCCUUCCCUUCCUUUUCCCCUCCGCUCCCCUCUCCCGCCCUCCCGUCCCUGCCUCGGCCCCCUCCACCAUUCUUCUUCCCGCCCUCUUCCCCCUUCUAAUCCCCCCCACUCCCCGCCCUCCCUCAUCCCAUCCGCGUUUCCCCUCCUCAUUUCUCCACCCUUCGCCCUCCUCCGCGCCUCUCACUCUCUCCCUCCCAUGCGCGGCUCGCGCGCUCAACCCCUCCCAUGCGUGA